CAGCCGGGGCAGGGGGUUUGUGCCUAGAGACAGGCAGACGUAGGGACUGGCAGACGGACGGACGAACGGCAAGGACCCUCCCCGAGCCCCCACACCAUGGCUGAGAGGAAGCAAUCCGGGAAGGCGGCAGAGGACGAAGAGGUCCCUGCCUUUUUUAAAAACCUGGGCUCAGGCAGCCCCAAGCCUCGGCAGAAAUUCUGUGGCAUGUUCUGCCCGGUGGAGGGGUCCUCGGAGAACAAGACCAUCGACUUCGACUCGUUGACGGUGGGCCGGGGCUCGGGGCAGGUGGUGGCCCAGCAGCGGGACGUCGCACACUUGGGCCCCGACCCGCAGACGCCCUACUCCCGGCAGGGCCGGCGCGCCGGCGGGGAGCCAUCUGUUGAAUCGAGCAGGAAGGUGGAGAUUCGGCGGGCCUCGGGCAAGGAAGCUCUGCAGAACAUCAACGACCAGAGUGAUCGUCUUCUGAUCAAAGGAGGUAAAAUUGUUAAUGAUGACCAGUCAUUCUAUGCAGACAUAUACAUGGAAGAUGGGUUGAUCAAGCAAAUAGGAGAAAACCUGAUUGUGCCAGGAGGGGUGAAGACCAUUGAAGCCCAUUCCAGAAUGGUGAUCCCUGGAGGGAUUGACGUCCAUACCCGCUUCCAGAUGCCUGAUCAGGGGAUGACCUCUGCUGAUGACUUCUUUCAAGGCACCAAGGCAGCCCUGGCUGGAGGAACCACCAUGAUCAUUGACCAUGUGGUUCCUGAGCCUGGGACGAGCCUGCUGGCCGCCUUUGACCAGUGGCGGGAAUGGGCCGACAGCAAGUCCUGCUGUGACUACUCUCUGCAUGUGGACAUCACUGAAUGGCACAAGGGCGUCCAGGAGGAGAUGGAGGCCCUGGUGAAGGACCAUGGGGUGAAUUCCUUCCUCGUGUACAUGGCUUUCAAAGAUCGCUUCCAGCUCACAGAUUCCCAGAUCUAUGAAGUCCUGAGCGUGAUCCGGGAUAUUGGAGCGAUUGCCCAGGUCCACGCAGAAAACGGCGACAUCAUUGCAGAGGAGCAGCAGAGGAUCCUGGAUCUGGGCAUCACGGGCCCUGAGGGACAUGUGCUGAGCCGGCCUGAGGAGGUCGAGGCUGAAGCCGUGAACCGUUCCAUCACCAUUGCCAACCAGACCAACUGCCCCUUGUACAUCACCAAGGUGAUGAGCAAGAGUGCAGCGGAAGUUAUCGCCCAGGCCCGGAAAAAGGGAACUGUGGUGUACGGCGAGCCCAUCACUGCCAGCUUGGGCACCGAUGGCUCUCACUACUGGAGCAAGAACUGGGCCAAGGCUGCUGCUUUUGUCACCUCCCCGCCCCUGAGCCCCGACCCGACCACUCCAGACUUUCUGAACUCUUUGCUGUCAUGUGGCGACCUCCAGGUGACCGGCAGUGCUCACUGUACCUUCAACACAGCCCAGAAGGCCGUUGGAAAGGACAACUUCACCCUGAUCCCUGAGGGCACCAACGGCACGGAGGAGCGGAUGUCUGUCAUCUGGGAUAAGGCUGUGGUCACUGGGAAGAUGGACGAGAACCAGUUUGUGGCUGUGACCAGCACCAAUGCUGCCAAAGUCUUCAACCUGUACCCCCGGAAGGGCCGCAUUGCUGUGGGGUCCGAUGCUGACUUGGUCAUCUGGGACCCCGACAGCGUGAAGACCAUCUCUGCCAAGACCCACAACAGCUCUCUUGAGUACAACAUCUUCGAAGGCAUGGAGUGCCGUGGCUCCCCGCUGGUGGUCAUCAGCCAGGGGAAGAUUGUCCUGGAGGAUGGCACCCUUCAUGUCACCGAAGGCUCUGGGCGCUACAUCCCCCGGAAGCCCUUCCCUGACUUCGUUUACAAGCGUAUCAAGGCAAGGAGCAGGCUGGCAGAGCUGAGAGGGGUUCCCCGCGGUCUGUACGACGGACCUGUGUGCGAGGUGUCGGUGACACCCAAGACGGUCACUCCGGCCUCCUCGGCUAAGACGUCUCCGGCCAAGCAGCAGGCCCCACCUGUCCGGAACCUGCACCAGUCUGGAUUCAGCUUGUCUGGUGCCCAGAUUGAUGACAACAUCCCUCGCCGCACCACCCAGCGCAUCGUGGCGCCCCCUGGUGGCCGUGCUAACAUCACCAGCCUGGGCUAGAGUUCAGGGCUGCCGUCAGCGGGGGAUGGGACACCUGAGGACUUUCUGAGACUUUCUUCCUUCCUCUUUCCUUCCUUUUUUUUUUUUUAGGAGCCUGUGAUAGUUACUGUGGGGCAGCCAGUUCCUGGGGCUCCCUCUCGAGCCCCCACUCUCCGUCCCUCACCCGGAGUCACCUAUUUUGCUC